AUGAAUGAACUAGCUGCAAACCUCACCGGAUUGCGUAUUGGCCGACGAACCUAUGUUGGCUUUGGUGACGAAAUACCGGAUGAGGUUCCGUUCUACCCGUCAGGCAACCUCGCAACGAAAUUGAACAACACUCCUCGUUAUCUCUUUCGCAUUUACUCACAUGCAUCUGCUGGAAAGAACAGUAGCGAAUGGAUGAAAUCUAUUGACGCCCUAGAAAACAAUCUGACGGACAUUUUUGCACGAGAUAAUGCUGCAAAUAUCGCUAUAACCCUCAAUGAGCAUCUUCGAUGGGAGCCAAAAUCAUGCGGAGACCCUUUCAUAUCCUGGACAACUUCGCUCCUUGUCGCGAUUGAAUACGCUAUCUAUAAGCAUAAGACGGAAGGUGCUAAGCUGGAGGCAAUUCAUCUGUGCAUUGUCGAUACCACUAUGUUCCCAAAGGGAGUAUUCAUACGAGACCUCGACCUGAUCGAGGAAUUCUAUGACAAAGUCCCCAACGGUCAACAGAUCAUGGUCAAAGGUGUAUGCCACACUUGGGAAGCGAGAGGACUCGACAACUUCCGUCAUUUGCGAAACAAGCGACAUAAGACUUACUCUGGCGUUUAUUACUUCGGAGAGUUCCUCUCACAAGGACAGACAAACAUGACGGGUCGUUCUUCCACGGUGACGUGCGACAAGAUCAUCAACAAUGCUUUGUUCACUAUGCUACCUCAAUUCCAAGCGGAAUUGGAAGAUAGUAAAAUACAGUGGGCGGAAGCAGUGGUAAAGUCUCGACAGUCGUUCUAUAUGGAUAUUGGGCCGGAGGCAACAAGCGCCUGCGAGUUCGUGGAGGCAGCGAAGAUAGCAUUGAAUUUUGGGACGGUGUGGUUUCUGCCCGUGCUAGCUAAUCUGCUGGCCCUGCGUCCUCGCGCAGCGCAAGAUCCCGGGAUUCUGGACCAGAUCUCAGGCCUAUUUUCAGAUGGGUCGAGGUAUAGCUUAUCGUCCAAAGACACCAAGAUUGUGGCCAAUGAGAACAUCCCAGAGGUCCUGCAGUUUGGGAAGAUUGUUCAUGAUAUUAAUGAAGAUUAUUGGGACGAGUCUGCCCAUACCUUAUUGAGAUCUUUGGAAGAGACUGCAGGUGCGCUCUCCGACUCAAAUCGCCCUACAGUAGGAAGCCAGUGCAUGCUACGGAACACUAACUUCAAGUUUUUAGACAUUGUUCGGCGCUUUGCAACCAGCUCUAGGACCACCGGAGCUUCCAGGCUGCUGGGUAAGGGUAAUUUAGCAGGCGGUCUCUAUACGAUAGAGAGUAAGCAUCUGCAGCCACUUGUGCAGAGCUUGACAACGCUGAAUCGCAUUAUACAAGAACUUCAAGAAGGUACGACUUCUGCUUAG